CCUCCGCUGGUAGAGGCAGGUCCAGGCUCCGGCCAAUGAGCGCGGGCGAGGCCGGGAAGGGGGCGGCGCUUACGAGCCGGUAUAUGGAUCCGCACGUUGCCCGUCUCUGACACCCGCUUGCCCUUUCGGCCAGGUAACGGCAUCUCUUGAGGGGAGACCAGCAUGGCAGCGGAGGCAGCGCAGGCGGGCGGCUUUCUGGGCCGAGCCCUCUCGUCCACCGAGCCCGCUCCGGCCCUCGAGAUCGGCGGCGGCUGCGGGGCCGUGGCCGAGGCGCGGGUGCUGGUGAUCAACACGGGAGGGACCAUCGGGAUGGUGCCUCAGCCGGAGGGCCUUGCUCCUGAGGCUAACAUGCUAGCAGGGGCCCUGAAGAAGAUCCCAAUUCUUCACGAUGCAACAUAUGCCGAGGAAACUAAUCUGUAUUCCCGCCUUCACCUUGGAGAUGACACCUUGGUGCUUCCCAUUUCUAGACAAAAUAAAAGAAUUAUCUACACCAUCCUGGAACUUUCUCCACUGCUUGAUUCUUCAAACAUGACUCCAGCUGAAUGGGACAAGAUUGGCAGUCUCCUUGAGAUAUACUACGAAAAGUACGAUGGCUUUGUGAUCCUUCACGGCACAGACACAAUGGCCUAUACAGCCUCAGCAUUGUCUUUCAUGUGUGAGAACCUGGGUAAAACCAUUGUUCUGACGGGAUCUCAGGUACCCAUAUACGAACUGAGAAAUGAUGGUAGAGCCAAUCUGCUGGGGUCACUGCUGUUUGCUGGACAAUUUGUAAUCCCUGAGGUGUGCCUGUACUUUCAUAAUAAACUGUACAGGGGAAACCGGGUUACUAAGGUGGAUGCAGAGAGCUUCAAUGCCUUUUCCUCACCUAACCUGCCUUCACUUGCAACUGCUGAGGUGGAUAUUAUAAUUAACUGGGAAACCGUUUGGAGGGCCAACACUACCAAGAAAUUUGCAAUCCACAAAAUGAACUUCGAUCAACAUGUUGGCCUACUGAGAAUCUUCCCGGGGAUCACUGCUGAAGCGGUGAAGGGGUUUCUUCAGAGCCCAAUAAAAGGGAUUGUGCUUGAGACCUAUGGGAGUGGGAAUGCCCCCAAUAAUUGCCCUGCUUUGUUGGAAGAGCUGCAGAAAGCAACCGAUCGUGGUGUGGUGAUUCUGAAUUGCACCCAGUGUCUGCGAGGAAGUGUUUCUUUAGUCUAUGAAACAGGAAAGACCCUUAUGGACGCAGGUGUAAUUCCAGGAGGAGAUAUGACACCCGAAGCUGCUCUUACCAAGCUGGCCUAUGUCCUGAGCAAACCUGGUACCUUGGCCGAGAAGAGAGAGAUGGUGAAGGAGAAUCUGAGAGGAGAGAUGACUGUUGUGCCCAUUGGAACCCAGAUCACCCUCAAAGAUAGCAAGUUUAUUCAAGAGAUUGCAAAAUACCUGUUUAUCAGCUGCAAGGAGGAGCUAGCAGCUGUUAGAGAUGCUUUGACUCCUCCUUUGGCUUGCGCAGCGGCAAAAAAUGGUGACAUCGAUGCCCUAAAAGCCUUACAGAAUAUGGGUGGCAACUUGAGCUCUGAGGAUUAUGAUGGUCGCACACCUCUUCACGUUGCAUCUUGUGAAGGUAAUUUGGAGAUAGUCAGACAUCUGCUGAAGUCUGGGGCAACUGUCUAUGCCAAAGACCGAUUUGGAGCUACUCCACUGCUGAAUGCCAUAAAGUUCAGGCACUACGAUGUGAUCCGCUUGCUACGCACAACGGGAGCUCACCUUUCAAGCCAAGAGCUCGUGAAUGUUGGAACAGAACUCUGCAGUCUUGCUUUUAAUGGAGAUGUUGAAGGACUGCUGGCCUGGCAUCUGGCUGGUGUGGAUCUCAACCAUCCUGGUUAUGAUGGGUGCACUCCAUAUGCCGUGGCAAGAGCUGCAAAUCGUAUGAAAGUCGUGGACUUUUUAUGUCAGCUGGAGGCCUAAUUUGGUAAGGCUUACGCUUUGAGAAACAACCACCACCAAUGUUUGGUGGUGUGCAUGUGGGUCAUUCGCUCCAUGAGGAAUGUUUGGUUUGGGAAAUGGACUGAGUUGGGACCACAGUCCUCUGGUUUGAGUUCAUAGCAGCAUAUAUCCAUCUGUUUUAUCAUUACUUGGUGGGCUAAGGUGUUUUGCAUGCUCACAAAUCAGAUGGCUAAAUACAGUCAACUUUGAAAGCACCAAUUCGGGGGAUCUCAGGAUUUGGAAAAUAGAUCACUGUCAUCAAAACUAACAGUACUGCCCGUUUGGGAGGACAAUCCUUGUGUGCACUAGUCUGUAAAGGCUGCAUCACACGUACACCUAAGGUUGUGGUAUACACACACACACACACACACACCCCGAUUAUGUAAUCCCGAUUAUGUAAAGUGCAAAUGGGACUGGUGGUUUGACUCAAGAGUAUCAUGCUGGUAAGCUUGCCAUGGAGGCUGGACUGGCCAAGACUCCCUCUUGGAGACAAAUGGGGUGUUCUGCUCUGGAGAAUAUGAAACCGCCCCAGGGUGGAUUUUCCUCAAGGAAGGCUGUGAAAUCCUCCUCCUUGAAAUUUCAGGCCAUGUCUUAAGUUAUUUGAAACAUGGCUCCAUACUGUGAAGCAAGUUUCUCCUUGCUUCACGGGCAUGUUGAAAUGAUUUCUGCUACUUAUCUCUGUAUAUUCAACAGUAUGCAAACACCUAUGGGCAAUGAUCCUGACUCGCUAUGGUGCUUUAUAAAUGGAUUACAUCAUUCUGUUUGCUGUCUGCUGAAGCAACAAAGUUGUCAGCUCAUUUUUUUUGCACUGGAUUUCUGUCAUUCUGCAGCCCAACCUCCCCUCUCUACUCACCCACAUGUUUCAAGGGCAGAUCGCUUGUGUUUCAAAUUAAUAGCUGCGUUUUUAAAAGCUUAAAACAAGAAAGCCACGUUUUAUGUAUAAAAUGUAUCUUAAAGGAAUAGCAAUAUUCAGUUGAGCAGUAUUAAACAGAAAGUUCAAUCCCACAGAGGUUCAUGUCUCCUGAACAUUAUUUAAUAAUUUUAAUGACUAGCCAGUGAGAAAGUAGAGAGUACACUUGUAAAAUAUGCAUGUGAUACAAAAUUUGGAAGAACUGCAAAUGCAAUAGAGGAUUUUAUAUACAGUUUGAGAAGAUAUUGAUAGGGUAGAACUCUGGAGUGCAAUGGGUAAUUUUGGGUGGCUGUCAUUGUAAAGAGGAAAUGUCAACCACUUGCACUCAGACAGUUAUCUACCUACCUACCUAUUUAUCUAAUAUAUUUUCCUGAUUUUCUUUAGAUACUUGGGAGCUUCCCUGAGGCAAGAUGGGGAGGAAAGGCACACAUCGCUGCAAGCAACACAGAUAACAAUUGAAGAAUGCAAGCUUAUGCUCACUGUUUUUAGUAAAGAGAGUCUAUUUUCUUAUAUAUAUU